AUGAACGACAUCUCGUUCAAGGAAAAACGACAAGCCUACGUCCACGCUUUUCGUGUUUUCGCUGGUCAAGGCAAGAUCCCAAUUUGGAUCGACGAGACAAACUUCAACUUGUUUACAUCUCGGAUCAAGGCACGAGCCAAGCGUGGGCAACGAGCUGUUGUCGUACGUGGGGGAACUCAAAAAGGAAAGAACCUCCACAUCAUCGGGGCGAUGUCAACAACAAACUUCUUUUACUGCGAACAUAAGCGUGGGGCAUACCGAAACACUGAAGCCAACGAAUGGCUUCAACGAAUGCUCCGUGCUGCCAAUGCGCACUACGGAAGCCUUGACGACAUCAUUGUUAUUGCUGACAACGCUCCCUGUCACUCGAGUUUGUUCACAAUGAUGAUGUCGCCAGUGGUCAUCAAGGGUCGCUCUGUGGGGGUGCCAAACUUCAAAGAAGCCGAGGAUGUCGCUCUCGCGCGUGCGUACGUUCAAGAGUCGACAGUCGCAGCAAUCGGGACAGACCAAUCUGGCGAUACAUUCUGGUGCAAGGUUGGCGACGCUUACAACGCGAUCAAACCCGACGGCUCGCCGAAUCGCUCGGUGUCAUCGUUGACCAGCAGAUUCAACGGAACACUGGCUAAGGCAACCAACAAAUGGGUCGGCUGCAUGACGGACGCGCUGCGACAGUAUCAUAGCGGCUGGCAGUACGCAGACUACAUCCAAAACGCCCAUGUCGAGUACGCACUUGCAAACAAAGACAAGAGAUACGCACAUGAAUCUGUAUACGCCGUUCUGUGUAAGAUCCCCAAGUUUGCUAUCGACACGGAGCAGAUCGAAAGUCGAGUCAACGCUGCGCUUGGGCUUGACGACGUCGAAUCUGGUGAUGGUUCCGAGGCGCCUGUCAUUCAUUCUGCGAUACGGCCUGAUGUCGGCAAAAAGGCCGACAAGAAGCGGAAGCUCAAUGCUACUGUAGCAUCCGACGGCGAUGGCCUUGCGCCCAAGGAAUUACAAGCUGUUGAGGAAGCCGUCGCGGCGACCAAGGAGAAGAACGUUUUGCUCAAGGAGAGUCUACUCAUCCAGCAGGAAAGCUUGCGGGUUGCUGCACUCAAUUCGCGCAUUGCGUUUUUUCAGCAAUGUCCUGACAGUGAAGCGUCCAAGAUGUUUUUUGCCAUGCAGUCAAAGCUCUUCCUAGCUGAGAUGGAGGAGGAGAAUCGCCGCCUUGCUGAUGGUAAAGUUGAGAUGCAUCCAAGCGAGAAGUGAUCAGUAAGGGCAUGAAUUGAAUUGCGAGGAUUUUAUCAACAAUAUAACCAGUGCAAAUAUUUU